GUCAACAAAAAGUCCAUUGUGUUUGCAUUGGCGUGUGAUUCACUGACCCGUUUGCUAUUUUGACAACCGUCAUUUUAAGCUCCCGAGUAUCCCCAAUUUAUAAAGAAAGAAAACCAUGGCUGGGUUUGGACCUUGAGAGAGCAUAUCUGACCUUUUCCAGACGUAUUUAUUCUUUUGUGUAAAAGUGGAAGUUGGUGUGAAAUGGAAUGUAUCUUGCUGCUAAACACGGAAAUCUUCGACUUUCAUUUUUCAUUGUUCACCCACUCUGUCGGAAAUACCAAAUGCGUCUUACAAAAGUUUAAAACAACCGUACGCUCAAUUGAAGAUAUAAAAAAAGUAUUCACACAAAAUAUCCAAGGUCCACUUACAUCCGGCGGACAAGCUCACCUCCUAAAGGUCACAAAAAAGUUUGCUCUUUUUGAAGUUUUUAAAGUUGCGCAACUACACAAUUCAAAUCUGUGUUUGGAACUCAUGAAACUAAAUGGAACUAGAACUAAAUGGAAACUUUGGUUGAUUAAUUGAACAGAAUUCUACAGAUGUAGGCCCACACACUGAGAAGACCUGAAAUUUCGUAAUGUCGGGCAAGGUGUAUAAAAAUCUGCUAGUUUUCUGGGAUCUGGGCAUUUUCAGAGGAGAGGGCCUCCUGUGCACAUUGGCGAACCUCAGUGUUACGUAUAAACACGUAUACCUACACCAGUAUCGUUUGGCUUUCGACUCUUUAGUCAAAAUGGCAAUUUCCAGCGUGAAAGUUACUUGGACUGCCUUGGUGGCAGUAGUAUUGUUGUCCAGCGGCGGCCUGUGUUUUCCAUCUUUGCAGUUACCGUCCGAGGAGCCCGCUUUCGCCACGAAGACCCCGCAAAUCGACACAGCCAAGCUCCAUCUUAUAUCGGCAUGGGGCGCGGACAUCUUGCCUUCUCAUUCGGUCCGCGCACGCGCACCGUACGGCAACUCGUCCUUCCCAACGCGUCUGCGCAGACAGGCUGCUAGCUGUAAACUUUACAACAGAGAACAUAACAGAGUUCUCGCUCUGUCGGAGUCCGUCACGACCCUGCCCUACGGAACUCAAGAUGAGGCGUCCAGGGUUGACGUGACCAACGUCGGCAGGCUGGGACUCGUCCGCAUACGAUUUGGUGCAGGCCCAUAUCUGGCAACUAAUGACCGGGGAAGAAUGAAUUUAUCAGAUACACCUUCUCCGGUCUUCAAUCUGCAAGACCGCACGCUCUGGUGCGAGAAGACAACAGUUAGUAACGUGGAAUCAAGGUUCAGUCCAUUCAUUCACUGCAGCGACACGGACAGUUGCGACAGUUGCGACCGAUGCUUAGCAGUGACGGAAGACACGAGCACCAGCAGCGGGUACAGAGUCGGAUUCUCAAGUUGCACUAGACGGCGCACUGAGUUCCUGAAUCAAUGUAACUAGAACUAGCCCUUACUUUUCCAGUUUUAAAGUGGCAUUACGGCCUGAAAUGCGCCCAAAGUGGGCUUGAAAACGCGAAAACGUGAAAUAAAAAGAGCAUUUAAAGUAGAUUCAUAAACACCAGUUUGCCCAUUCCUAUUGGUGACUACCAGUGAAUUAGAAUGUCAUAGUCCUUAAUUAAAAAUACACAUGCACAGCUGCGUCGUGCGCCACAGAAUAUAGAAAAAGUAAUAGAAAGAGUAAUUAAAGUAGAUUCAUAAACACCAGUUUACCCAUUCCUAUUGGUC